GUUGACGCCUGACCGGGAGCACACACACGCACCUUCUUGCCUCCUCCUGUCCCACGCUCUUGCCUGCCCCCCACCCUGCCCGUCGCUCGUCACACCAGGAGCAGCAGCUGCCUCACUGUCCACCUUGACACGUGUCACAGUGUGUCACACGAGUCCGCACGGUUGUUGUCAUUCUUAUGGUGCGUCUGUCGUUUAAUUGUUCGAGGACCCGCGGUGGAAACUCGGCGAAACUAAUAGCGAUGAAUUAAAAAACUGAUAUUUAUGUUAAGCUUUUAGUUAUUUUGAAUAUUAAUGGUUAACAGUUUUGGAGAAGAAAGUGAAUGGUAGAAAUAAAGAGAAUAUAUCUAGACUCGGGAGAUAAUUGUCUGCGUACCAGUGAGUGAAACAGUGGUGAGAAAAAAAAAUAAAGUCAAGAGAAACACCAUUCAUGCUGGGGUGUGAGGUCCUCCCUGACACAUGUUGUUGUUGUGAAGGUGAACCUGGGGAAAUUUAGCAGACGUCUAACCUCACAUUUACAAAGUAUUUAUUAUAUGCACUGAAACUAUUUAUAUUCCGAGUGAAAAUAUACAUGUGAAUGAGCGGGAGUCUUGCGAGGUGAGAAGUUAUAACGAGUCACUUUCUGGCCCUCGCGGGAGACGAGUGUACAAUGACGGCUGAUGGUCUGUGUGUCAACAAAGCCGGUAUGAGGCGCGUCGCUCUUCUGCCCACUGUCCUCUGGCUGUCUAGGACCAUUUGGGAUAGUGCGAAGCUCUGCAGGAAAGCUGUCUAACACUUGACGUAACUGUCUUGUGACAGCAGUGGUGAGUGUCCUGCGUGGAGCGUGUCAGUGGUACACGGCCUCCCGAAACCCCUGUCGUCUCCCCUUCACAUGUUUUUCAAGGUCAAAUUCUGCUACACCAGCGUAAUUCAAGAUCAAGAGGACUCGUCUGUUGUCGAAAUUCCUGUAUAGGAAUUGUGAUCCUUAGUCAGUACGAGGCGCUCUUUGUUGCCAGAAACGGCGACUCUGAAAGAUCACAAGUAUUUUGAAACGCAGUUAUCCAGAAAACUCGUUCCGAAGGAAGAUCACGUGUAACUACGUUGGAUGAGUGUUGGUAGUGUUGGUGAGUGAGUGAGUGAGUGGAUGAGUAGGGCAGAGUGGCACGAGAAGAGUCAGCGGGCGUGGUCCUCCCUCAUGGCCUGGGUCACCACUAGCCUCCAUGGCAAGGCGACUGCUGGACUCAGAAGCUGAGUCCACUGCCUCUGCUGGUUCCCUCCAGUGCCAUACCGUCCCCCCAGUGCCCCUUCCCUCCACCUGCACCAGCAUGAAUAAAGAGGGAGAGGAUCUCCCUCCUUCCCCCUCUAAGGGGAAGAUGCCUUCUGUCAGCUUCGGCACGGCGGCUUUCAUUCUUAUCCGGGUCAAGAGAGCGUUCAAGAAGAAGAGGGCCAAACUGAAAAGCUUCCCUGACCUGCCAGAAUAUGAAGAAACGCAGGCUACAAGCUCGGUGAAGGAGGGCGGCGUGGUAGUGUCUCGGCCGCCGCUGGUCAGGAGCCGUACGCUACCGGCCAUCGUCGUGCCCGGAGUCACAGUCCUCCAGACAGCACUCGAUGCUUCCGACCGACGAGAUGCGGGGAGCACGAGUCGUCACCAGGUUGUCCCGGCUGAUUCACCAGUACGACCUCUCCUUACUGUCACCACCUUCGGUAAGUGGUGCCCUACCAUCGCCCGGGGCGUAGAGGCUCUGUAUUGGUCCUCGCAGUGGCUUGGUUGCUCUGUGCUGGUUCGUACAAGUAGUGGCUUUGUAUUGAAAGUACCUCUGUGUUCAAAUUGGCUAGUUGCUCUGUGCUGCGAGUGGCUUAGUGGCCUUGUGCUUGUACUGGCUUAUUGGUAA